AUGGCAUUUCAAUAUCAGGCAACUGUACAGUACAGAUGUGUACUAGUAGGAAUAAUAGAAGUUGAUCAUCCUAUAGGAGGUUUAACAGAAUCUGUUCAGAGAGAUGUUGUUAGUAAGUGUAUUGAAUUAGUUGCUUAUGAGGCAAAUUUACUUCAAACAAACAAUAAUUUUUCUAAUGAUAUUAGAGAAAAAUAUAUUGGUAUACAUAAUAAUCCACUAUUAAUGAAAAUAGAUGUUGAUAUGAAUAUUACAAAUAAUUCAUUUACUAUUACUCGUGUAAAUCCUGGACCAAAUGAAAAACCAGGAGUUUCAUAUAAUAAUUGGAUAGAUAUUAGUAUAGCUUUUAAUGGUGAUGAUGUUUUAAGUGAUUUCUUUGCUUAUAUUGCAAAAAAAAAAGGCCAUCGACGAUGUUUUGUGUUUCAUUGUGAGCAUGGGCAACCUCCACAAAUGAUGAAGGCAAUCAGAGAUAUUUAUCACAAUUUCCGAGAAAAUAAAAAACAUGUCGUUAAUAACAUGUUUAAACAACCAAUUGCUCCUCCUGUUCCACCAAGAAAAAGAAAUUUUCCUAAAGAAACAAAUCCAUUAUUAUCAAAUUUAGAGACAUAUCCAUGGUAUCAUGGUCAUAAAACAAGAGAAGAAGCCACAGCAUUACUAAAAAUUCCUGGAGAUUUUUUAUUAAGAACUAGCCGUGGAGGUUAUGUAUUAUCUGUUGUCUGUUCAGAUGAGACUGUUGGAAAUUUUAUCUUUGAAAAAGAUGUUAAAAUAUAUAAAGUUAAUGGUAUUGAGUAUGACUCUUUGAUACAUCUUAUUGAAUAUUUUAUGAGAACAAAAGAAAAUAUUCAUCUUGGAAAGCAUGCUGAAGUAAGAUUAGUGAAUCCUAUUAAAAGAGAUUCCAGUAGUCCAAUUGUUUAA